AACGUCCGCCUCCCCAUGAACGGGUCGGUGCCUCCCAGUGGCUCCCCGAGGUGUGCGGGAACAGAGGCGGCCUCGGGGGUGGUGCGUGCCGCUUCGGGCCGCGGCUCGUGCCGGGCAGGAGCAGGAUCAGAAGGAGGAGAUAGCGGUGUGGCUGAUGCGGUGCGCCCCGUGCUUCCCCUCCAGGUGUUCUCUUUUUGGAUUCCUAUGUCCUAUUGCGAGGAGGAUUUCUUCAAAGAGUACCUCAAGAUGAUGGCGAAUAUUAUCAUCCUGAACGCGCUCAUUUGUAUUUCUCUGGUGUUCUGGAUCGUGUCCAUGACCGCAAGUACGUACUACGGUACUUUACGACCCAUUUCUCCAUGGCGCUGGCUUUUUUCAAUCUUGGUUCCACUAACAAUUGCUACACAGGGUUUUAAGAAGAAGAGUCUUGAUCACAGUGGUGCAUUGGGAGGAUUGGUGGUUGGAUUUAUCCUUACAGUUGCAAAUUACAGUUUCUUCACCUCUUUGUUUGUAUUUUUUGUUACUUCUUCAAAACUUACUAAAUGGAAAAAGGAUAUAAAGAAGCAAAUAGAUUCAGAAUACAAAGAAGGUGGACAGAGGAACUGGUUGCAAGUAUUGUGUAACGGUGGUGUUCCUACUGAGCUGGCUCUCUUAUAUAUGAUAGAAAAUGGACCGGGUGAAAUUCCUAUAGACUUUUCAAAGCAAUACACAGCAUCAUGGAUGUGCUUAUCCCUUUUGGGAGCUUUGGCAUGCUCUGCUGGUGAUACAUGGGCUUCAGAGAUUGGUAGUGUUAUGAGUAAAAGCAAGCCAAGGUUGAUAACAACCUGGGAAAAGGUUCCAGUGGGUACUAAUGGAGCAAUUACUUUUGUGGGCCUGCUGUCAAGUUUGCUUGGCGGCAUGGUAGUAGGUAUAGCCUACUUCAUCACACAACUCAUUUUCGUGUCUGAUCUGGAAGUAUCUGCUCCACAAUGGCCCAUUAUUGUGUUUGCUGCAGCAGCUGGCUUACUGGGAUCAAUUGUGGAUUCCUAUUUGGGAGCUACAAUGCAAUACAGCGGUUUUGACCAGAAUAUUGGCAUGGUUGUCAACCACCAAACAAAAGACUCGAAGCACAUAUCUGGAAAACCCAUAUUGGACAAUAACGCAGUAAAUCUUUUUUCUUCUAUAAUCAUUGCUUUGGUUCUCCCAGGUAUGGCGUGGUGUUUCUGGCCCAGGCGUUGAAAUGGUUUAAGGUUUUCUGCAUGUGAUUUCUUUACGUUCAGUUUUACACAAAGACUCCCAAGUCCUCUUUGAAUCCUUCUUGAAGAGAGGGAUCUGAAACUUUCAGAGAUCCAAAGGACUUUCCGUCUCAACUUACUAAGGCUGUAAGCUUCAUAUUGCAAUUGGUGUUUCUCAGGGGAAGGAAAGGGUUUUGCCAAUACGCUCUUGAUGCUCUUGAGAUGAAUGCAGAUCGUUGCCAAGUGAGGUGAAGCAUUUCUUUAUCCCCAUGGAACUGAAAUGUUGGAGUCUCUUCUCUCCAGUCCCCAUCAUCUGGAAGGACAAGAAGCUGGAAUCAUAGAAUCAACUAGGAUGGAAAAUACCUUUAAGAUCAUCAAAUCCAGCCAUUACCCCAGGACUGCCAAGUCCAUCACUAAGCCAUGUCACUGAGGGCCUCAUCUACAUGGUUUGUGAACACCUCCAGAGAUGGUGAUCCCACCACUGCCCUGGGCAGCCUGUUCCAACACCUGAUCCUGCCUUCGGUAAAUAAAUUUUUCCCAAUGUCCAGUGUAAACCUCCCCUGGCACAGCUUGAGGAUGUUACCUCUUAUCCUGUCACUUGUUUCUUGGGAGAAGAGACUGACCGCCAGCUCACUACAACCUCCUUUCAGGUAGCUGUAGAGGGUGAUAAGGUCCCCCCUUCAGCCUCCUUUCUCCAUACUAAACACCCCUAGUUUGCUCAGCUGCUCCUCAUACCGUUCUCCAGAUUUGUUGCCCUUUUCUGGAGCUACUUCAGCACCUCAGUGUCUUUCUUGUAAUGAGGGGCCCAAAAUUGAAUGCAAUUCGAGGUGCAAAUAGAAGUCUAAUCAACAUCAGUCAGUGUGAUGGGGCAUUGUGGCUAUUGUCCACCAAGUACACUGCAACUUUAUGUAUGCAAUGGUAACACAGGUGAAAUGGCUGGAAUCUGGCAUUUGCCAUAAUCUACAGUAUGUAAAGUUUUAUGGAAAUACUGAGGGAGAGAAUAAGCCUUGUUGCCUAUUCUGCAUUCUGGUACUAUCUCCGCUUCCCUGGGAAUAGGGUUGGUAAAAGUGAUGCCACUACAUAAUGUUUGCAGCAAAAGACUAAAUUUAAAAUUUAAAUUUAGAAUCUGAAAUAAAAACUCAUUAGUUGUUCCAGAAUAAUAUAUUUGUGCCUUUUUUGAAGUCUUUAUUUCAAAACUAAUGAUAUUUAUGAACAUUGUCAAUACUGUAUUACUUACUAAAUUAAAGAUUACAAUUGUGAAUUCACGUUCAUCUCCUUAGAGCAUUUUGUUCAUAAGCUUAGAAUUGUUCCAUAAUGUUUAGCAUUCUGACCAAACUGUCCUCUUUGGUUCUUUCUCAGCAGUGGAAGUGUUUCCAUUUUGUUUGGGAUUGCUAUUCAGAGUCGGUGGCCUCAGCCAAAGAAGCUACAGAGGUAUCCUUGUAGUGAAUGGGGAAAGUCUCACAAGCCAUUUAAAAAUGGGAGUUUAACUUCUGGUACUCAGACUUCUGUGUUGGGUGAUUCCAUCUCCCAUCAUUACUUUAUAGAAGAGGUGGAAGUAAUUUAGCCUGCACACAUUGUAUUUAAACCUUGGAGGUACCCACAUAAUAACAUGUCAUUGUUGACGUCGGAAGAUAGGGCCCAUGCUGUUUACUUGUGAAAAGCAUUUUCUUUUUAUCUUUAAUUAUCUUUAGCUGAGUAUUUUGUAUUAAACACUUGAUUGUUUUUAAUGAAUGUCUUGUGUCUGUUGCCUGUCUGAACUCAGUUGAAUUGUGUAUUUUGUCACCCUUUGUGGCAAUAUUAAAAACUGCCAUGUUGAGUUUACUCUUUCACAGAUCUGGUCUAUAUAAAUCUGGAAUUUAUCACUGGAACUAGUUCACUGUAUUAUCCUGUUAUAAAGAUGAGAUUUCAAGCUAGUAAAAGCUUUCUGAAAAGAACAAAUUUUGUGGCUGCUGUAUGUCUGUUCCUUUGGAAAGGCACAAAAUUGUAAAGAAAUAUAUGCACUUGAAGUGUAACAAUAAACACUUGAGAUUUU